AGCCGAGGGUUUGGCCAGAGAGUGCAUGUGUGUGUUAUUGCAGGAUGUGGUAAGUGCGAGAGAGGUGGUGCCGUUCUGAGCUCGCGCGGGGACUAUUGUGUGACUGCGAGACGUGGCGCGCGCAGAGACGGGCAGCAACUGAAGGACUCGAGCUCCAGUUAAAAGUUCGUUGGAAGGGCGGAUAAUCACGGGACGACAGCCGCUCCAUACAAGGCAAGGUCGGGUGGGGAGCAGUUUAGGCAGAAGCGCUGAUCCAAUCAUCCUGGGAAGAGAACCGGAACCGAGCGACGCGUUUUGUAUUUCUGUGAACAUUUUUGUAUGUUUGAGAUGUUCUGUAGAAUCUCUCUUAUUAGUUUUGGUUAGUUUUUUGUUUUGUUUGUGUUUGUGGAUUUGAACUUUGGAGAUGAGCGCGUCAGAAAGCGUGAACCCCAACUCGGGGCCAAUAGUCAGCAAGAAUGGACCCGGUCCGUUUUCGAAACCAGGAGAUGUCAAAGAACCCGAGCCGGAGGUACCGGAGGAAGAGUCGCAGUCUUCGGUGACGGAAGCCACGCAGAUGGGAAUUAAGUUCGCCAAGACAUUCCUGCUCAUUUUACCCAUCUACGUGUUGGGAUAUCUGGGGUUCAGCUUCAGCUGGAUCCUCAUCGUCCUCGCUGUGCUUUUUUGGCUUAAACGGAACCAGGGAAGCAAAUUCGCUCGGGUGAACCAGGCGCUGGCGUUCAUGGAGCACGAUGAGCGAGCGGUGCGUCAGACCCUUCAGAGAUCGGAGCUGCCACCGUGGGUUCAUUUUCCAGAUGUGGAGAGAGUAGAGUGGCUCAACAAGACAGUACAGCAGAUGUGGCCAUAUAUUUGUCAGUUUGUAGAUAAACUUUUCAGAGAGACCAUUGAACCAGCUGUUCAGGGAGCCAAUGCACACCUCAGUACUUUCACCUUCUCCAAGAUAGACAUGGGGGACAAGCCUCUCAGGGUGGAUGGAGUGAAGGUUUAUACAGAAAAUGUAGAUAAACGACAGAUUAUUAUGGACCUACAGAUCAGUUUUGUUGGAAACACUGAAAUUGAUGUGGACAUCAAAAGAUAUUACUGCCGUGCAGGAAUCAAGAGCAUACAGCUUAAUGGGGUGUUGAGGGUCAUCAUGGAGCCAUUGCUAGGAGACAUGCCUCUUGUUGGAGCACUGUCUGUUUUCUUCCUCAAGAAACCGUUGCUGGAUAUAAACUGGACCGGUCUUACAAACAUGCUAGACAUCCCAGGAAUAAAUGGUCUGUGUGACAAUAUCAUUCAGGAUAUCAUCUACAGUUAUCUGGUGUUGCCAAACAAAAUCACAAUUCCACUAUUAGAAGAGUCACAGAUUGCUAAAAUCCGCUUUCCUUUGCCCAAGGGCGUUCUGCGGAUUCACUUCCUUGAGGCACAGGACCUGGUAGGGAAGGACACGUUUCUGGGUGGUUUGAUAAAAGGAAAGUCUGACCCGUAUGGUGUUGUUCAGCUUGGUAAUCAGCUUUUCCGCUCUAAAGUCAUCAAAGAUUCAUUAAACCCUAAAUGGAAUGAAGUGUACGAGGCAUGUGUAUAUGAUCACACAGGACAGACUGUGUUGAUAGAGUUGUUUGAUGAGGACACAGAUAAGGAUGAUUUUCUGGGAGGCCUUAAAAUCGAUGUAGAUGAACUGCAAAAGGAACAGAAAGUAGAUGAGUGGUUUGUACUUGAUGAUACUACUACAGGGAAGAUCCACCUGAAAAUUGAAUGGCUUUCUCUUCAACCUAAACCUGAUAAUCUUGACGAGGUUUUGAGCACCAUUAAAGCAGAUAAGGGGCAGUCAUCAGCUUUAUUACUGGUGCACCUGGACUCAGCAAAAAACCUGCCACGCAAUCCUUUAGAAUUCAAUGCAGGUCUGAAGAAGGGUACAGCCAAUAAAGCAAUAAAGUCUGAUAAGAAGGUCACCACUGACCCCAGUCCAUUUGUCAAGUUUGCUGUGGGACUCAAAUCCUUUGAGAGCAAGACACGAUUUAAAACCAAGGAGCCGGUUUGGGAGGAGGCCUUCACAUUCCUGAUUCACAAUCCAAAGAGUCAGGAACUUGAGGUGGAGGUGAAGGAUGUGAAACAAAAUUGUUCUCUGGGGACGCUCUCUUUUCCUCUGUCUAAGCUCAUUCAGGAGGAUCAGAUGAUGAUCAGCCAGAGAUUCCCUCUCAAAAACUCAGGACCAAGUGCUACACUUAAAAUGAAGAUGGCUCUUAGGAUACUAUGUUUGGAGAAGUUGGCUGUAUCGGAUCAACCCUCCUCAGUCCAGAUCCGCCGGCCCAGCGCCGGUGUCGGGCCCAACCCCUCCCCUCAGCAGAAACCUGCUGUUCCAGAGCCCACCCCAAAACCCAGAACCCAGCCGACCCCAGUACCCUCCCCGAGGGUGCAGCCACUAACAGACAACACAACACCGGAGCAUUCGCCUGCCCGUCUGAUGAAAUCAGGGCAGAGCAUGUCUAGCCUGGAUAUGUUUGGCUCUCAGAUGCACUUGAACAACAAAGAGGGAACACCCAGCAUGGCAUCUGAUAUCUCCAAUCCCAGAGAAAUCCAGGAUCUCCAAAGAACAAUACAACAAUUGCAGAAUGGUGCUUCUCCUGGUUUCGCUGCAUUGGGAGAGAUUCAGCUAACCAUCAAGCACAGUCCCCAGAGAAACAAACUAAUAGUUGUGGUACACAGCUGCAGAAAUCUGAUCUCUUCCACUGAAAGUGGUUCUGAUCCAUAUGUUCGCUUGUAUUUGCUGCCUGAUAAACGACGCUCAGGACGCAGAAAAACAAACACAAUAAAGAAAACUGUAAACCCAAUCUACGAUCAGACGUUUGAAUUUAGUGCAUCAAUUGUGGAGUUACACAAAAGAACCCUUGAUGUGGCUGUAAAGAAUGGAGGAGGAAUCCUGUCAAAGCAUAGAGGCCUGCUUGGAAAGGUAUUGGUUGACUUGACCUCUGAGGAAAUAUCAAAGAGCUCAACGCUUUGGUAUGAGCUUACAGUGGACGGACUGAGGCGACAGUCUCCUUAAUAAGCAAGGGAAUCAACUUCUUUCAGCCUACACAUUUUAAAAUAACUACAAAUCCCUACACAAGUUCCAAACCUCAGCCAUAUGUUAGCCUUGUGUUUUAGAAUGUGGGCACAACUUGUACUUGUUGUAUCUUCCGUUUUUAUCACUUUUAACAGAUUUAUGUACAGUACACAAGAAAAAAAAAUGUAUAUCACUGUUAUGUGCACUGACUAAGCAAGAGUGAAAGAGAGAACGAGAGCAUGACAAAGAAUGAUUGAGAGAGUUUAGAGAUCAAAUAAAAAUAGGUUACAGUUCAGUGGCAUCUGUAAAAUGUGUUGUUUACACAUGAAAAGUUCUUAAAUGGCAAACUCUAAAAGCAUCCACUAUUCAAACAGUGAUGGUGGAGAUUUUAUAUGAUAUAUACAGAGUAUAUAUACUGUGUGUGUAUAUAUAUAUAAUGGAGCUCAGACUGUAAAUAUACCUAAAUUAAAUAUUAAAAAGUAAAUAUAAUAUUUUGAAUUGUUUGAAUAUUAACCUUUAAGAGUUCUUGUUAAAAACAUUGAACUCACGCUUGCUUUUGAAUGAAAAGUGUUAUAAUGUGUAUUUUGUUAAUGUCUUCCUGUGCUCCAUUUUGGAGACAAAACUACCAAAGAAGUGCUUGGCUUAUUUUAAAGUGUAUGAUUUAACCAAAUAUGCACCUGAAAGUGUUGGUAUAUGUACAGUAAGAGUGUUUAUAUUCUCUGGUUGCGAUUGAGCAGUGCUGGUGUCAGCAUCCACCACCACAGAACUAACUGUCAGUGCUCAAACAUACACGGGCAUCUACAUUUUCACAUGACCCUGGGUGUGUUUUAUGUCAUUCUUAGUGUGAUAUCAAAUGCUGCCAUGUCUCUGAAUCUUGAUUUGCUUUUCUAAAGUUCUUAGUCACAUUCACAGUUUUUGCAAAAACACUUGCUCACCUCUCACACACUACCAUACCAGCUGUCCUUCAACGAUCAUUUGUGUCUGGAUCACUUGCCUUGGUCUAAUCUUAAGUGAAGUUUGUGGUUUAGACUGAUGCAUUGUCAAUGAGCUGAGCUUAUUGUAUGCAGAUGAUCUAACCUAGAACUGUUCUUUGUUUCUGUCAGGAAGAAUGUUUUAUUAUAUAAAUUAUUGUGUAUAUUAUGACAGAUUUUAAUAUACUAAUUAUGAUUAAUGGCUAUUAUCAUAAACAACAUGCGUAUGCAGUAAGAGCACCCUUCUGCUGAGCUUGCCUUAUUGAUGUGUACUGUAUAUAUGUUUCAUGUGCCUUAUGACCAAUAAUAUACUUAUAUAAGUAUAUUUGACAUCAGAAAGAGGAUUGUAAAGUCUUUGGUUUUGAUGAAGUUUUUGGUUUCAAUAAACAUUUUAUUCUGUA